AGAAUCUAAAAACCCUAAUCGUUGAGAGAGAGAAGCAUCGUGUUUCGUUAACACACUGUUCAGCGGCGUCACCAUAAACGUUACUCUUGAGAUCAGCAAUGGCUACUGCGAGGACUGUGAAGGACGUUUCGCCUCACGAAUUCGUUAGGGCUUACUCUGCUCACCUCAAACGCUCCGGCAAGAUGGAGCUUCCAGAGUGGACAGAUAUUGUGAAGACUGCAAGAUUUAAAGAAUUGGCUCCCUACGAUCCUGAUUGGUAUUACGUUAGAGCUGCUUCCAUGGCAAGAAAGAUCUACUUGAGAGGGGGUCUUGGCGUUGGCGCUUUUCAGAGGAUUUAUGGUGGGAGCAAGAGGAAUGGUAGUCGCCCUCCUCAUUUCUGCAAGAGCAGUGGUGCAAUUGCUCGUCACAUUCUUCAACAAUUGCAGAACAUGAACAUCAUUGAGAAUGACACCAAGGGUGGCAGGAGAAUUACAUCUAGUGGCCGACGGGAUCUUGACCAGGUGGCUGGACGGAUUGUGGUUGCACCUUGAUGUGUGAACUCCUGAGGACUGCUAGUCAAUACAACAUCUAGGUUAAAUAUGUUUGGAGAGAAGUGGUGACGCUAAAUUAUGCCGAAAAAUUUUGGUUUGAUCUUCCAAGUAUCUUUUAAAAUUUGACAUUUGAUGUUACUGCUAGUAUCUUAGAUGAUAUUUUGUUACAUUAAAUUUUCACUACAAUUUUUCAACCUUCAUCUUGGUUAUUCUUGUUGAUUAUCUGCCUAUGAAAUUGAAGUUUGAAGGAUAACUUAC